AUGCCGGAGUUGAGUGAGACAAUGGCCCUCCGCCUGGCAGGUGUCAUAAAGGCCGCGGUCGAGCGCUAUUAUGAUGCCAACACCGUAGUUGGCUGUCUUGAUCCUUCCUCCAGUUAUUACGACAUGGACGCCAAUGUCGCCUCAGAUCAGUGCGAAGACCCUCUGGAUAACGGCAAUAAUUUUAUUGACGAGAAAACGCGUAUGCCAUUAGGUGGCGUCUUCGAGACCUGUAGCGGAUCAGCAGAACUCUGUGCCGGACGCCAGUCGCUUAAUCCAGCUACUGGGAAGGCCGAAUGUCCCUAUGGGUACAUGGCCGUCCAGUUGUUGGAGCCGCAGGUGCGUGCCUGCAGAAACAAAUGCCAGCACAGUGUAUUUUGGCAGCAGGAUUGCAAACAGGAAUGCGCUGUGACUACAACCUACUGGUGCGCAAUCGAUCCCAAGUUUGAGAACUCCACCACUGCCACCGACGUGGGCUUCCUGUUUGGCGGUCUCUUUACCGACACCACCACCAACCCAAUGACCAACGCAAUGUCCUGUCCCCUCUACUUCGAUGCCUACCCGCUGGGCCGGCGUCUACGCGUCUGCCUCUCCUCGGACAAGGAGAUGGGACGACGCUAUUCACUGCGUUUCGGAGGCUUCUAUGCCUGUCAGUCGGGUAAUCCACUGGUGGACGUGCUCUCCCACGAUCCUGCGUCGGGCAAGAGGCCCCCCAGGCGACUGCUAGGUGCGACUCAAGACUUGAAUGCAACAGACAGCUCAGGAGUCCCACAAGCUGCUUGGCCGAAACGUUGCCCUAACGGAUACACUUCGCAUUUAGCGGUUAUCGAGGACAUAUGCCAGGCCGAACGAUUUGACGACAAUGUCCUCUCUGUUAGAUGCCAGUGGGCAGAGCUUGUGCAUGGAACUACUGCCGGCUCGAUUGACAUAAAAGACAAUUUAGCGGAUUGGCUAGCUCUGGAGUACGACAUUUACAAGAAAAACAAACGACCACAGAAACUGCGCUAA